AUGGACUGGGUGAGAGGGCGGGCGCCAGAUGCCCUCCUAUUCCUCAAGGCCCUCGUCAAGGCGGCCCCCAGCGGCCUCUCUGUUUGGCGCCCCCCCCUCAAGGCGACGGAAUUGGGGAGCGAUCGGCGUGUUAGGCUCUCUCGCAGCAACCUCGAAUCGAGGUCCUCGGAGGCGUCUGCCGCUACCGCCAACGUCUCAUCGGAGGAAGACGACAGCGAUGCUGCCGCUACUGCUGGUGGUGGCGUUGUUCGUGUGGCAACGGUGGCCGGCGGCGGCCUGGGUUCGACGGAAGGGGGGCAGGGCACGACCGCGCAGCAGAGCAGCAACAGUAGCAGCAGCCCAAGUGCUACGGGAAAGAAGUUGGCUUUGUCAGAUGACGCCAGCCCCGCCUCCGCCGCUGUUGUCGGCGAGGGGGCCAGUGGUGUGGAGGCGCCGUUGAUCAUGGAGGAUGCGGUUGAGGCGUUGACGCCGAGGACGUUGGCGGAGAGGGCGUUGCUGGCCCCCCUACGCGACGUCGGGACCAUGGCGGGGGCCCUGCGGAGCGGCGUCGGGUCCAGCCUUCGAGAGAUGGCAGCGGCUAGAGCCGCGAAGGACCUCUCGGACCUCAUACUUCAAGAGGCAGAAUCCUCGGCGGUGACCGCGGCAGCCGCAGCCGCAGCCACGAAGGGAGGCGGGACCCGUCAAGCAUCCCCGUCUCGCAGGCGAGAAGGAGUUGGUGCAGCAGGAGGCGGAGUGCUCGACGGGGCUGGAGUCGGAACGAGGCCACGCGGAGGUAGGAAGAAGAAGAAGAAGCCCAAGAAAAAGCGCGGCGGUGGCGGCGGCACCGCUUGGACCGUAACGACAGUCGAGCCGGGAGCUGCCGCCGCAGCAACUGUCGGGUCUUGUUUGCGUGCCGGGGCAGGACGGCGAACGGGUCCCGAAGGAGGGGAACGGGUCCGCCGUGGGGGGGGAGCGGUUGUUCUUGUUGCGCCGAGCGACGGUGGGCUUUCCAGCGACUCGUCAGGAGGUGGCACGAUUGUGACGGGGGCAAAGCGAGCGACGCGUGUUCAGGUGGGGGCCAGGGAGGGAGAAGGGGACGAGUCCCUUGACGAUGAGGAAGAGCAGCGAGGCGUGGUGAAGAAGCUGCGGUGGAGGACAGAGGUCGGCCGAACGAUCCCGAGCACAAGAACCGCGGCGGCGAGACCACCCGCCAGCGUGGCGCCCGUCUCCUCCAGCGGCAACGACGACGGGUUCGUCAGUCCCCUGGACCUCAGGCGGAAGGCCAAGCUUCGAGGUCUAGCCCACGCCCUCGUCCUGGACACGGUAGAAGCCGCCUUGGCACAGUGCAAGCCGCCGCCCCCGCCGCCCAGCGGCAGGAAAUCGUCGACACAGCAGCCUCCGCCGCCUCUGGCGAAUAACCGGGGUGCUGCAGCAACCGUGAAACGCACGGCAGCAGCGCCAGCGGUGGCUGGCGGUACGACUAUUGCCGAUGCGAAGACGGAGUGUCGCCCAGGUGCAGCAGUAGUAGCAACCAUAUCGCGAACGGCGGCGGCGGGGAUCCCGGAUGCGCCGCUCUCGGCGAGACGGUGGCCGUCUCCCGAACAGGCGACCGCCCACCCGCUCUGGAAGAUCCCGGCCAUGGCGGCAGGCCCGCCGGAGCCCACGAUACCCCCGGAUGCCGGUGCGGGUACCGGCGGCUCCGCUGCGGUCGGCGGGGCCGCGAUAAUGCCCCGCUCUGCGGCGGGGAUUGGCUCUUCCGGUAGUAGCGAAGGCGUUCGGUCGCCAUCGCUGGUGGGGUCGAGGUCGUCUCCGCGACCCCCCCCCGUUUCGAGGCGGCGGGAGGGGAGGAGGGAGCUCGCCGUUAACGACGCGGACGAGAGGAUGUCGUGCUCGAGCUUCGACAGCCUGGACGUCCGGGUGGAUGACCAGGACUUCGCCGACAUCUUGGACAUGGCCUACCGGCCCGCGCGAAUGCCCGCUCAACUACGAGCGCAGCAGCGGGCGGCGGCGGCUGCGUUCACGGCGCUGAGGCAGCCGCGAGCCGUUGCACCGGGGUAUUUCAUCUCCCCGUCGUCUCCGCGACCACGCCAGACUAACCCCGGGCCACCGCCCGCCCUGCCCACGGCCGCCGCCGCGGCAUUCCACCACCAUGGCAUGGCACUGGACUGGCGGAACUGCUACGAGGGUAGGGGCGGCGGGACGGCGGCGAGGAGGGGAGACGACGCCGCCUCCUCGACGGUGGCGACGGCGGAACAUGAUGAAGGGAGCGCUGGCAACGGCGACGAUAGCGGUGCCACGCCACGCAACAGCAAUUCCCCCGUGGGGGGGUUGGAGACGUCGGUCGGGCGUUUCGCGCCGCAGUUGGGCGGCGGCAGCACUUCCUUCUUUGGAGGGCAGGGGCUGUUCAUGUGGCCGCCCUCGAUGGUCAGACGGACGGACGAACGGUCAGGCGCCUGGGGAGGGGGGGUGGGGAGCGUGAACGCGCUGGGUUCGUGGGGUGGUGUAGGAGGCGGCGGGGGUGCGGCCGUCGGUGACGGUGAUGCGAGUCUUGGCGAGGAGAGCGAGGAUCGUUCCCCUGAACCGGGAGCUGCGGUGUCGACCGCUCAGGGAGAGGAGGACCAAGCGGACCAAGACUUGGAGGUGGCAGGGCCGGUGGACGGUGAAAGACCGACCCACAAAAAUGCUGAAGAGGCGGAGGAGGAGGAGGAGGACAAGGAAGCAGGGAGGCCAAUGGUUGCAGACGGGCUGGUCCAAGGCGACCACAAUCACGAAGAAGUUGUUGCCGCCGUCGCCACCGCCGAUGGCGACGACGAUGGCGACAGCCGCGGCUUGAAUGCUAUGAUCUCCGUCGAGGAGAAGGAGCAGGAGGAGGAGGUGGGGAACGCCGUUCCCGACACACAGAAGCAGUCGGGCGCCCGCGCUCUGCCGCCACCAGGAGACGGAGACUUGGACGAUGCCGAGGAGGAAACGCCCGCCCGGACAGCUGACCCCGAAGGCGACGGCGCCGGACGCGUGGAUGACGGACAUAAUGCGGCUGCCGACCGGCCUUCGCCAGAAGCCGUCGUGCAGAAGAGGCUUUCGCCAGAAGUCGUCGUGCAGAAGAAGCACGUGCCCAUCGUAAGUGCACCCCCGGCAGCAUCGGCGGAGGAAGACGAUCGAGAAGAAGCGCCAGCGGCGCCAGCGGCGCCAGCGGCGCCAGCGGCGACAGAGACAGCAACGGGCGCAGCGGCCGCGGCCGACCAGCAGGCGCCUUUCCCCGCCCCGGCAGCAGCGACAGAGACAGCAUCGACCGGGAAAACGUGCUGUUCGUGCGCCUGUCACGUGUUGACCGUGGCGCGGGUCCCGCCCACGCCCCCACGGCGACUGAGCCGUCGGCAGCAACGCCGGAACGCGUCGGCCCCCGAGAAGCAAGCGCCGUUAUCGGCAACAGGCGUGAGCGGCGGUAACAACAAUGGCGCAGCAGUGGAGGGCCACGGUGGCAUGAUGAGCAGCACGGCCAGCGUGCCCAGCAUGGGGCGAGUGCGCGAGACUGGAGCACCUGCCAGCCGCAACCUUAGCGAGGAGUCCCGCCGCCCGCCUGUCCUUGCCCAGCACCACCCCGCGAUGCUCGCUCCUAGCGGCGCAGACGGCGGCGGUGGCCGCGGCGCAUCCCCCGACCGCAAGCACGACUACAGCGUGGGGACCCCUCCGCGCACGGAGAGGCCGCAGCCGAGGUCUGCGAGCAGGGGGCGCGGCGGCGGCGGUACGGGCGGCGGCGGUGGCGGUAGUGGGUCCUGCGCGUCCACCCCGGCCCCGCGGCCUUGUGCGAACGUGCGCCGUCGAAGGAGCGAGUCCGGCCUGGGGUCACUGGCGGCGGUGACAACCUCGACGACCACGCCGGCGAGCAGCAGCCGGUAUAGCGACGGGUACCCGGGGUCUGCAGGCGGCGGUGGCGGCGGCGGCGGCGGCGGCGGCGGCGGGAAGAUGCGGAGCAAGCGAGCCAGCUCCGAGUCCAAUGCCUCCAAUGUUGCGGCCGCGGCCGCGGCCACCGGUGGCGGGGGCGGGGGAACCCCGCCCACUUGGACGUGGAAGGGCUACCUCAACAACGGCAGCACUGGGAGCGCCGUCGCCGCUGCCGUCGCCGCCGACGGCGUUGACGCCGGCGGCGACGGCCGUGGCUGGUCGUCGACGCGCGGACGGAGCGGCAGCGACGCCGGGGGCACUCCCCUGAUAGAAGUGGCGGGGUGGGAUCGGGAUGCCGCUGCCGGAGGAGGCAACGGACAAGGCCGCUUCCCUUGGAGGGCAGGGCGUGUCGGCGGCGGCAGCAGCGGCGGCGGCGGGCGGAAAGAACAAGGCCCGUCCAUGUUUCGCUGCCGGGGGGGCUCGUGGGACUCGGACCCCCGCGACGGGUUCGAUUUCAGGGUGGACCGCGACCUCAACAGCGGGAGGGCCGGGGGAAGGGCGAGCACGAGGUCGGCGCCGAAGCGGGUCUCGACGCGGCGGAUCUUCCCGGGAGGCGCGAGGAGCAUGUCGGAGGCGGCCGUCCGCCGAUUGGCCGACCCGGUGCCGCGGCGGGCCGGGAAGGGCAAGGGUAAGACGUGCCACUGA